AUGUCUGCCCGCUGGGCAAAUUUUGGCCGUCCUUCCAAGGAGAUGGCCUGUACUUGUAUUUUGAGAACUCGGCAUGGUCUUCGUCCAGAACUGGACACUAGUGGGUCGCUUGCAGCGCGAGGACGGGAGUUUAGUCAGCGCGGCUCGCAUAUUGUGCAUCGUAGCGCUGUCGUCUUCGCCGAGGUUGAUGGCGACGCCAAGCGAUUCGUUACGACGAGUAUUUAUGCUGACGAACGAGAUUGGGCUGCCUUGCUGUCCGUGUGGUUGUGGUCUCUGGUUUGCUACCUAAAGCCUGGAAAGCGCAUCUUAACUAGAAGCCCCAGGGUGGUCGUACUCGCUUGGAGCCAGUCCGGAAUGGCUGCCCGGAGGCUGUCGCUGCCGGGUUAA